AUGCCAAAAAUUGUUUCAAAUGCCAAAUUGGAAAAAUUACCAAGAAGAAAAACAGAUAAAGCAUAUAUAAUAGCAAAUGGUAAACGUAUUUAUAAGCCUGAUGGAUAUGAGAAACAAUUUAGAUUACAUUGUCCAAGAUGUAAUCUUUUGAUUGCUUACGAAAUGACAGAGAGACGUAAAAAUGGUCAAUACACUUAUAUUGUUGAGGGAAGUUUAACUGAAAAUCAAGGUGUUAUUCCACACGAAUCCAUUUUGGAUGAUUAA